AUGUUGGCGAGGGUGGGUUUUCUUAUAUUCAGCUCUUAUUGGCUCCUUGGCUCACAAUUGCUAGGUAUCACCGAGGUUCAGAUCAUUCAAUGGUACGUGGAGGAAGGGGCUUACAUAGAGGAAUGGAAGCCAUUGUGCCAAUACCAGUCCGAUAAAGCUGUGGAUGAUAUCACUUCAAGAUAUGAGGGAGUUAUCAAAAAGCUUCAUUUCGAGACGGACGACACAGUACCCACAGGAAGAGCAUUAUGCGAUAUUGAAGUAGAGGAUGGAAAAUACCCUGACGAUAACCCUCCACAUGAACCAAAGGCAGAGCCGGCUACAUCAUCUCCGGUCAAUGAAGUAGCAGCUGCAGCCCAGGCAGCAGAGUCCUCACUGGCAGAUUCAUCUACACCUUCACCUCCCUCUCCCCCUCCGGUUGCUGCCCCCGAAGAAGUACCAAAGUCCAAGAGUGCAUCCCUUGCAGUUCCCGCUGUACGCGGGCUUCUGAAGAGCCACGGCAUCAACAUUCUCGAGGUCAAUGGCUCAGGGAAAGAUGGACGCGUGAUGAAAGAUGAUGUUUUGAAGUUCGUUGCAGCCAGGAAUUCUGCAGCCUCUGCACCGAUGCCCACGCAGCCCACCGCAUCAGAUACACGGCAAACCGAGUCAUCAGUCCCUCUGACUCCAAUUCAAUCCCAAAUGUUCAAGACUAUGACCAAAUCACUGAACAUCCCACACUUCCUCUACGCCGACGAAUGCAAAGUCAACGACAUCACUACCAUCCGCCAAAAGCUUGCCAACGACAAGCGCGAGCCUACUAAACUCACGUUCCUCCCCUUCGUGGUCAAAGCCGUCUCACAGGCACUGACCGAAUUCCCCAUUCUCAACGCAAAAGUAGAUACCAGCGAUCCCAGUAAGCCCAGACUGGUCAUGCGAGCGAAGCACAACAUCGGUAUCGCCAUGGACACCCCCACCGGCCUCAUUGUACCCAACAUCAAGGACGUCGCCAGCCGCUCGAUCUUUGGCAUUGCGGCCGAGAUCGCACGACUGAGUGCCCUCGGCAAGACAGGGAAGCUUACUCCGGCCGAUCUUAGCGGCGGCACGAUCACCGUGUCGAACAUUGGGAACAUCGGAGGCACAUACGUGGCACCGGUUCUUGUCCCGACGGAGGUAGCCAUCCUCGGAGUCGGUCGGUCGAGGGCAGUGCCGGUCUUCGACGAGGCGGGCGAGGUUAUACGCGGGGAAAUGGUGAACUUCAGUUGGAGCGCGGACCAUCGGGUCAUUGACGGUGCGACAAUGGCCCGAAUGGGCAACCGAGUUCGGGAGCUGAUCGAGUCCCCCGAGCUGAUGCUGUUGACCCUCCAUUAA